UCACUACCACGAGAGGUAACCGGGAAAGAUGGCAGUGGGAAAGAAAUUGACGAAGCAGGAAGAGCUGUUAUUGCAGGAUUUUAGCAGGAAUGUGACUACUAAGUCAUCAGCGCUGUUUUACGGAAAUGCGCUUAUAGUCUCCGCUAUACCGCUAUGGCUGUUCUGGAGAAUUCACCAGAUGGAUCCAUAUCAGUCUGGACUUGUUUGGGCAGCCAUGACAAUUGUCAGCACCUAUCUCGUUGCAUUUGCAUAUAAAAACACUAAAUUUGUUCUCAAACACAAAGUUGCACAGAGGAGAGAGGAUGGUGUGAACAGAGAGGUGUUGAAGAGCCUGGCAGAUGACAAAAAAAUGUCUCGUAAAGAAAAGGAUGAACGGGCACUAUGGAAGAAGAAUGAGGUGGCAGAUUACGAAGCAACAACUUUUUCCAUAUUCUACAAUAAUGCGUUCUAUCUCUUGCUGGUCCUCAUCGCUUCAUUUUACAUCCUGAGGACGAUGUCGCCGACUGUCAACUACAUUCUUUCCAUUGGUAUCGCAAGUGGAAUUCUGGCACUUUUUUCGACGGGAACUCGUUAAAGAUGGCACCACGGGGAAAGGAUGCCUGUAAUCUGCAUUGGCGGGAUAACGCAGCACUUUGGUCUAAAACGAACCCCAGCACGGCUAUAUUUUCGAGUUAAAUUAGAUUUUUAAUUGUGAGAAUGCCAACAUAAAACCAUUAUUGUAGUGAUCUUUUACUAAAAAUCGAGUUUUCAAAAGAAUCUGAUACUGCUGCGAGAUUUUUGUUUAUGCAGUUAUUGGAAGAUGAAAGGUAAUUAACCAUUCCAUGUCGGUGCAAGUUGUCAGUGAGUGGUGGGUUGUAGAUAAUUUCAAUAAAUUACUAAUAAAUCUUUUUUUAAAUACCCACUAUA